AUGGGAACACUCCCAAAGCGUCAAGAUAUCCCGCCUUGGGUGAACGUUCCCGACGACCUGAAGGAUCCAGAAGUGCUCCAGGUCCAGACCUGUCUGCUGGAAGCCAUAUUUGGCCCACACGGAUCUCGAGUCCCCUACAUCGAGCAAGUGGGCAAGGCCAUGCUUGAGUUGAAGGCUCUGGAUUCCCCGGGCCUCACGGAGGUCUUGGUUUACGGCUCUUACGUGUGCAAGCUGCGUACCAAGUGGAUGCUUCAGUCCAUGGCUGAGUGGCACCGCCAGCGGCAGGAGCGAGGAAUGCUCAGGCUUGAGGAAGCCAUGAAGGCCCUGGAGCUAGACCCUUGGAUGAAGUGA